GAUUAGCAGUGGUUGGGAGAAGAGAAGAAAGAAAGCCGUGAUUUGAGCUGAAGGGCAGAAGAGUUCCAGAUCACUGGGAAGCUUGCAGUUGCACUGGGAUAGCUUUGUACAGACACAAGACAGAAUCCCUCACUGACCGAUUUCUACCUCUCAGCCAGAGCCAAGAGGACAAGAAGUCAUGGGUGGCACAUGCCUGCAGCUCUUUGGAUUCCUCUCAAGUUUUAUCGGCUGGAUUGGGGUGGUAGUAGCUGCCACCACUAAUGACUGGGUGCUGACCUGCGACUACAGCAUCAAUACCUGUAGGAAGCUGGAUGAGGUGGGGUCCAGAGGGCUGUGGGCUGACUGUGUUAUCGCUAUAGGACUCUAUCACUGCAAGCCACUGGCUGACAUCCUUACUUUGCCUGCUCACAUCCAGGCAGCCCGUGCCCUGAUGAUAACAAGCUCCUUCCUGGGGCUUCCAGCAGUGUUCCUGCUUCUCUCCGCCAUGCCCUUUAUUCGAAUGGGCCAUGACCCUGGCACGGAGAAACACAAGCGAUUUCGCCUGGGAGGAAUACUCGUCGUCAUAUUAGCUCUGUGUACUAUUAUAGCCACUAUAUGGUUUCCAGUCUCCACUCACAGAGAGACCACCAUAGUAACAUUUGGAUACUCCCUGUAUGCUGGAUGGAUAGGGGCCGCAUUUUGCCUUUUUGGUGGCUCUGUCAUUGUCUGUUGUGCGGGCGAAUCCCAUGCAUUCAUGGAAAACCGCUUCUAUUACUCAUCCCAAGGAUCCGGCUCUCCGACUCACGCCAAGAGUGCUAAUGUCUAAGGAUACUGUGAUUUUAGCCUAGGCUGACUACCCUGAACCUUGAUUACACUGUUGCUGAUGAACCAUGAGAACUUAUGUGCCUACAGUUUUAUCUGUGUAUGCUGUUCUAAAAUGUAAAUGACAUAAUAUGAAGCAAUGUGCCAGGUGUCGAAAUACUGUUGCUUUAUACAGUAAGAUAAUGAUAGACACCUCCAUUUUUUAAUUUCAUUGGUGCUUAAAAUGCUUGGAGAUGAAGAGCUCUUUAAGGUAAACAGUUCAGGCUAGAUACAUAUUUCCUGAUGGAAAAGAUGUAUUUGUAUGUAACUUGUCUAAUAUUUUAUUAUUAAUGUAUUCAAGCUGUAAAGAACAAGUUUCAUCUUUAGCUACAUGGGUGUUAUAAGUUGUCUUCUGCCCCCCUGUUUCCUCUUCCUGGUACCCCUAGUUUGCCUAAAAAAUUUAAGAAAUGCAUACAAUUUUAUAAUUUUCUUGGAUUACAUUGGAAAUGAGUGGAAGAGCUUAGGGUUGCAAAGAUAGAAUAGUGGAAAGCUCUUUUUGUGCUACAAUUUACAAAAUCCCACUUAAAGACUUUUUUAUCUACUUCCCUCCAAAAAUAGCCCCCCACAAACCCUCCCCUAACCCCUUUGCUGUGUUUUCAAUAAGAAAAAGAAGGCAGUAAAAUAUCUGUGUACAUAUAUGUGCUUGCCCUUUAAAAGUUUUCCUGCAGAGCUAAUGUUCCCAGCCAGUAAUAGAGGUUGUACAGUUUGCACCAGGUGUAGUAACCCCCAGCAACCAAUUAGAUGUUUAAUUUCAAACAGGUAAUAAGAAAGUGCUUCCUGUUAGUUGGUUACUAAACUUCUUACUAUAUUAAACCACCUAACCACUUGGGGGAGAUUAAGCAAUGCAGUAUUAUCAAGAUCUUGAUAUAAAAAGGGAUGUUAAGGUUGUUGCUCAACAAUAGUUUACCCAGAUUGUGUGGACUACAUCUCAGCAUUCUCUAACAUAUGUUCAAGGGUUAAAGCAGUGAUCCCAAACUAGUACCUUAUGAGCAACAUGUUGCUCCCCAACCUCUUGGAUGUUACUCCCAGUGGCCUUAAAUCAUGUCCUCAUUUUUCAAUGUCUGACUUGGAGAUAAGUUAUGGUUGCAUAAAAACCAGGUGCACUGCCAAACAGAUCCUCCUGUAGGCUGCCUGUUCAGUUCAUGGGGCUACUAAAUAACCAAACACAAGCCUUACUGGCCUCUCCCUAGUAACUUUUUCAUAUUUGUGUUGCUCCCCAACCUUUUUUAUAUUUAAAUUUUGCUCUAUAGUGUGUAACCGGGUCCCCUGCAAAAAAGUCUUCGGAGUGGCCUGGCGCACAGCUGAAGCUGAUCUGCCGCCUGACCGCCCCUGCCUGCCCACCCAUUCACUUCUCCUGCCCGCCUGCAUUCCCCCUUCCUGCCUGCAGGUACAAGAACUGCUGGGUAGGGGGCUCUUUUUUCAGCUAUAAAGGAAGCAGGUCCUGUGGUCUGGGUCCCCCCAGAGUCACUGCUCAUGAGUAAAAACGUUUGGGGAACCCUGGGUUAAAGCAGGCUGGGCUCUGUAGUGCAGCAAGAUAAGGCUUGUAUUCUUAAAAGGGGUAGUUCACCUUAUAAUUAACUUUUCGUAUAGUUUAGACCAGGUGUCCCUAACCCAUGAGCUACUUUCAACUGUAAGAAGAUUUGGGGAACAACACAAGCAUGAAAAAAGUUCCUGGGAUUUCCAAUAGGACUGUCAUUGGCUUUCUGGGAAUUUCUGUGGACUGGCAGCCUAUAGAAUGCUCUGCUUGGAAGUACAUCUGGUUGUAUGCAACCUAAACUUGCCUACAAGCCCUCUUUGAGGCCCCUGGGAGCAACAUCCAAGAGGGGUUGUUGAGGAACAUGUUGCUCAGGAGCCACUGGUUGGGGAUGACUGGUGCAGACAGUGGUUUCUAAGACAACUUAAAAUUUAUUUUAAUUUUUCAUUUUUUUGUAAUUUUUUUAAUUCUUUAGCAGCUCGCAAGUAUGAAAUUUUAAACUACCUUUUUAAAGCAACAUUGAUCAAUAAAAGCUCUCUAACUUUCUAGGGCCUUUGGCCCAAUAAAUACAAGAGAAUCCUGCAAUAAUAAUUCCACCUGAUAUUUGUACAUUUGGCUCUAUGUAAUAUAAUUCUACUUUGCAGUGCUUGAUUAUAGCGUACUGUUAGGCAGCCAAAAUUUGCUUAUGGCAGCAGGAUAAGAUGACUGAAAUGGUGUUGGUAAGUGAAUCCUUUGGCAUCUCUAAUUACCAUAUGGGAUUCAAUGGUGCAGUUUAAUAGAGGUUAACAUCCCCAUUAGUUCAGUUUGUUGCUUACUGGAAACCACGUUGUUCUGUUGUUUAUCUUUCUUUAUACUAAACAAACAAUGCCUCCUGGUCUUCAGUCCAACUGGAAUAAAGGGAGCACAGUGUAGCUGCAUGAGAAACAAUAGCUGGGGUUCAGUCCAGCACACAAUCUGCUCCUUGUAAAAUGAACAAACAAUACCAGUAAUAUCUCAUUCUUGCCAAACUGCAUUUCCCAGCCCCUCCUUCGUAGAAUCAAGGGCAAAUUGUAGAAUAAAUAUUUAGAAAAAUAGUGUCUAGGUCAUGCUAACAUGCUUUCCUCAGCAAAAGUAAGUAGUGUAUCAGCAAAAAUAACUGCAUUUAAGGGCUAUGCCCUUUAUAUUUUUUGUGUGCCUCAAUAUCCUUUAGUAGUAAGCAAGAAUCCCGGUGUUGUGAAUGUCCAGAACAACAGAACUCCUCAAAUCAUAUAACAUACAGUACAUACCUUUAUUGUGCUCUGUGUAUAAGAAAGUGACCAGUGCUCCCUGCUUGGACAUUCAGUGCAUACAGUAGUAGUGCAGUGAGGGUAUCAAAUGUGUUGGGCCAAGCUAAACAACAGAGCCGAUCAGCGGAUCAGAAAAUUUUAUUGUACUUGGAAUGCAAUACAAGCAGACACAUCACAGCUAAGUAAAGCCAUAUGCCCCUGCAGUAGCUAUACCAGCUAACGCACCAUAGUUCCAAAUACAGGCUUGUGGUUGCUUGACACCAUAUCCUGCAUUUAACAGUUAUUCUGGUAACAGAUGCAGCCCAUUACCUGCAAAACUGCUUUCUCAGAAAUCUCAAGCUCUUUUUCAUGUUGAACGCCCCCCUUAAACACACACAGGCAAAAAAAACUUACCAUUGUUGCCAAUCUUACCAUUACCAUUUGCUUUAUCCUCUGCUAUUUCUUAUCUCAGUGAUCUGUAAGUCGGAAUGUGCAGGGGCAUCACCUAUUAAUGGAAGUGCCGUUGUGUAUUAGUUGGUCAAUAUAAACCAGUUAAGAGCUGUUGGAAAACAAUAUUCACCUUUAAUUUUGCAAAGUAAUCACAGUAAGGGCUACGGCAGAGAUGCUAGUAUGUAUGUAUGUAUAUUUUUAUUUAUAAAGCGCUACUUAUGUACGCAGCGCUGUACAGUAGAUGCUAGUGCUCAUAUACAAACAUAGAUGCUAGAAAGACUUCCGCUCUUUUCUGCCAGCUCAUUUCAGAGAGUGUGCUGGAAAAAGCUGAAGACUAUUCUAACUUCAUGCAGAGGGAUAGGAUAUUAGAGGAUUCUGAGGAUAAUCGGAAUGCACAGGUCCCCUGCUCCAGAGAUACUGCUGCAGGUACAGGUAUAGGACGUGUUAUCCACAAUGCCCGAUAUCUGUUUAAGUUAUGCUGUACUUAUUGUAAAGCAAUAAGGCAGAAAGUGGCUUAUUUACAACACAUAAGGGUGAAAACAGCCCGAUACAACACAACAUAUACCUUAUGCCGUAACAUAUACCAUAUACUAACCUUCAAUAUUUGUGCCUCAAACUGCAGCACACUCAUGAAAAUGGGUGUCAUAAAAUGCAUGGGGCCACAAUAUGUCCCGAAAUGGUGGGAGACACUAGUGUACUUUGUGCAUCUGAUGCUGUUAAUCCAACCAGGCUAAAGGGGUGUUUCUUUUUUAAACGGGCAUGGUGACAAAAUGGGCGUGGUCAAAAAUGUAGCCGCGCUGCACAUGGCAAGAUGUUUUUGUCUGUCCUUCUCAUUUUCAAAUUUUGGGUGGUAUGUCAUAUAUGUACAGAGUACACCACAAGGUAUAAACAUAAAUGUGGCAGGGAAGAAGCAGGGGACUUGAUGCAUAGAGUUGACAUUCCAACAUUAUCCAAUAAUUCAAUGACAAUGCCAUUCUAAAGGCCCAAGAAAAAAGUAAUAUAUACAAAAUGACUCUUCAGUACUAAACUCAAGUAGUGAGCUUUUAACUAUAAUUGGUGCAAAAAGAGCCAGAAUCCACAGCAACACAUGCAGUAUUUCAUGUAAUGGCACAAGAGCUAUCAACCCGUAAUGCUGAUGGGUUUUCCUAACGUGGUGCAAUAUAGUUUUGCACUUGUAUUAGAAAUAGAGCCUCAGGGGCAGAUUUAUCAAAAUGUGAGUGUAGAACUUAAUACAUAAAAACACACAUUCUAUUCAUUCCUAUGGGAUUGUUAGAAGAAUAUAUAUCAAUUGGUGAAAAUUAGGGUUCACUAUUUUAUUAAUACUUAAUAUAAUAACAUUUCUAUAGAAAUGAAUAGAAAGAGGGUGAAUUUUUAUGUAUUAAGUUCUAUACUCAUACUUCGAUGCCGAUUUAUCAAAAUGUGAGUUUAGAGCUUAAAACAUAAAAAUUCACACACAUUCUAUUCAUUCCUAUGGGAUUUUUAGGAGUGUAUUUAUCAAUGGGUGAAAGUUAGAACUCACCAUUUGAUAAAUACUUUUCUAAAAAUCACAUAAGAAUUAAUAGAAGGUUUGCGAAAUUUUAAGCUCUAAACUCACAUUUUGAUAAAUGUGCCCCUCAGUGUUCUCAUCUGGAAUCCAUUGGGUAAAUUAUGUAUGAAAACCAGAUCAGAGUGAAGAAAAACAUUCACAAAUGUCUGUCAGUUUUCCACUGAACCGGUGUCUAGUCUUGAGUGCUACAUUAUUUUUCUUUCCAUUGUACAUACUUAGGGUAUAUUUGUGAUGGUAUAUUCACCAAAACUGUAAUUCCUUUUAACUCAGCAAUAAAUUGUGUAAAGUAUACUAUUACUGUUGAGAAAAUAUUGACAUUUGUACUGUAAAUAAUAAUGUAAUGAGAACAUCUAUAAUACAGAUCUACUAACUGAUUUGUAACACGUACUUUCAUGUUAUUUGUAUGACCUUUUAUAAAUAAAUAUCCUAACAUUUAUAAGUAUCAUGGACAAACCAAAAGCCGUUAUCAUUGAGAUAUGUAAUAAAAUGUGUUUAGUCUAUA